CAAGGGGCAGGAACUAGUUUUUACAUUAUUUUGCGUACUGAGCCACGCUAGCUAUACCCUUUUCUAAAGUCCAAACAGCCCUUCCCUCCCGCGAUUGCAGGUGUUCUGCUCCCUCGAUAUCUCCCUCGUUGCCUGCCUCUGUUUCGUCUUCAAAUUCAAGAAAUCUCAUCCAUACGCUCUUCUCUUCACAGCUUGAAUGCUCGUUCACGCCUUGAUCUUCUCUUCUAUGGAGGCCGGGCUCAGAUUCUAGGGUUUCAUUGUAUUCUGAUUUUGUUGAUUGCGGGCAUAUUUGGUGGCUUUUGAGUUGUGAAUAGAGAAUUGUGAAGGUGAGAGGGUUUCAAAGGUCACAGAUCUGAGAGUUUGGAGGUUACUCCGCCGUUUAGUUGAUCAUGUUUUGGCGUAUGACAGGCUUGUCCACUGCGUCUCCUGUGGAAACAAUAUUGGAUAAGGAAAGUUUUACCCUGGAGGAGCUCCUUGAUGAGGAUGAGAUAAUUCAAGAAUGCAAAGCUCUUAAUGGGCGUCUUAUUAAUUUCUUGCGUGAAAAAACUCAAGUUGAACAACUCAUUCGAUAUAUUGUGGAAGAAGCUCCCAACGAUGCUGAAAAGAGGCGAACAUUCAAGUUUCCUUUUAUUGCCUGUGAGAUAUUUACUUGUGAAGUUGAUAUCAUUCUUAGAACUUUGGUAGAGGAAGAGGAGUUGAUGAAUUUGUUGUUCUCCUUCCUGGAAUUAGAACACUCACAUAGCACAUUGUUGGCUGGAUACUUCAGCAAGGUUGUCAUAUGCCUGUUAUUGCGGAAGACUGUUCCUUUAAUGCAUUAUAUUCAAAGUCAUCAGCAGAUCUUCCCACGGCUGGUUGACCUGAUUGGGAUUACAUCCAUUAUGGAGGUUUUGAUACGGCUUAUUGGUGCUGACGAACAUAUGUACACAAACUACACGGAAGCAAUGCAAUGGUUAGAAGAUACAAAUGUGCUGGAGAUGGUUGUAGAUAAGUUCAGCUCUUCUGAUUCUCCUGAAGUGCAUGCUAAUGCAGCAGAAACCCUUUGUGCCAUUACCAGAUAUGCUCCUCCUGGGCUUGCGGCUAAAAUCUCUAGCCCAAGUUUUGUCGGAAGAUUAUUUCGUCAUGCUUUGGAAGACGCACGGCCUAAAUCCGUGUUGGUUAACUCGUUGUCUGUGUGCAUAUCUUUAUUAGACCCUAAGAGGCUGACUUUGGGGACAUAUCAUUCAUACAACCGCCAACUGACUGCUGGGACCUCACUAACUGCUAAUCCUGAAACAAUUGAAGGAAUGCUGGAAAGUCUAGGUGAUUUGCUCAAGCUUUUGGAUGUUUCAUCUGUGGAGAGCAUCUUAUUAACCACCUAUGGAAAGUUGCAGCCGCCACUUGGAAAGCACCGUCUGAAGAUAGUAGAGUUUCUUUCGGUCUUGCUGACAAUUGGUAGUGAAGCUGCUGAGAGAGAAUUGAUUCGUCUUGGAGCCGUACAACGAAUUUUAGACCUGUUUUUUGAGUACCCAUACAAUAACUUUAUGCAUCAUCAUGUGGAGAACAUUAUUGUAGCAUGCUUGGAGAGCAAAAGUUCUCCUCUUGUUAACCAUCUUCUCCAUGACUGUAAUCUUAUUGGGAAGAUACUUGAAGCAGAAAAUAAUUUUUUAUUGGUGAUGGAUCAAAACAAGCCAACUGUACCUGCUGAGGGAAGACCGCCUCCCAAGAUAGGGAAUCUUGGACACUUAACACAAAUAUCUAAUAAACUUGUUCAUCUGGGAAAUAACAACAGUGAGAUUCAGGCAUAUCUGCAGGAGAACAGCGAAUGGGUUGAUUGGCAUACAAAUGUGCUAAACAAGCGCAACGCUGUGGAAAAUGUCUAUCAAUGGACGUGUGGGAGGCCAACCGCAUUACAAGAGCGGAAUAGGGAUAGUGAUGAUGAUGAUUAUCAAGAUAGAGAUUAUGAUGUUGCAGCGCUGGCAAAUAACCUAAGCCAGGCUUUUCGUUAUGGCAUUUAUAGUAACGAUGAGAUAGAUGAGACUCAUGGCUCGCUUGAGCGAGAAGAUGAGGAUGUUUACUUUGAUGAUGAAUCUGCUGAAGUUGUCAUUUCUUCUCUUCGGUUGGGAGAUGACCAAGAAAGUGGCUCUCUCUUUACAAACUCCAACUGGUUUGCUUUUGAGGAUGACAGAAUUGCCAAUGAACGGUCAACUGGCUCACUUGCUUCUCCAUCACCUAACACUGAGGGGACAACUGUCACAAACAGUGGCGAGGAUGAUGUUAUUGUUGGGGAAGACGAUGAUCUGGUUGACACAGCAGCAUCGUCAGUGCCCGAAACAAAACCACCUGUGACAGAAAAUAUGAAAGAACUUGGAUCUGGUGAAGGUGAUAAACCACCUGAAUGGGUGGAAUGGAGGGAGACCCUAGAUUCUGGUGACCCAUCAUCUAAUGUGGAUAAACCUGCACUUUUACCGAAUGGUGAGCUUCAAAUGGAGGGUGAAAAUGAUGCUAGUGAGCCUUCUCCAUCAUCCAAUGAUGCAUUGUCAGACAAUAGUAAUAAGGCUGAUGGAUCACAAGAGUCAACAGAUCAGAACCCAGGUAUAAAUCCCUCGGAGCUUUCAAAAUUAGAUGAUGAGAAUUCAAGCUCAGACCUAGAUGUGAAGGAUAUGGAAACAGAAGGCACUGCAGGUGGGGCAGAACUUGAGAACAAAGGGGCGGACGACAAUGCUGGAAAUUAAUGUAAAUUCAAGAGUCAAGUUUGAUAGGGCUAACUCAUAGUUUGUGCCUUUUGAUCAGGUGGGAGAGAUUCCCUGUACUCUUAGAGCCUUUUGUACAUCAUUUAUGGGACUUCGUCGCCAAUUAGGCUGAUUAUUCUUUACCCCCACCAACACUGGGUGCUCUCUCUCUUUCUCCCUCUCUCUCUCUCUCUCUCUCUCUCUCUCUCUCUGAAAUUGAGGAAAGGAAGUGCAUGUUGCCACCUGGAAGAUAAUGUAGCAGGUGAUUAAGCAAUUUCUUUGGUCAGUUUUUCCAACAGGUGAGUUGCAAAUUUGAGUUACAUCUGCAAUAUUCAUUUUAAUCAUUGAAGGUGUAGAAAAGUAUUUACGCUUCUAAUGAAUUUUUAAUUCUAAUUGUGGGAAGAAGCGAAGAAAAGUUAUCUCACAAAUGUGAAGUAUUUUUUAUUA